AUGGGUAAUUGUCAGACCAUUGAUGAAGCAACCCUAGUGAUACAACACCCAGGUGGUAAAGUGGAGAAGAUGUAUUGGCCUAUUGCUGCUAGUGAAGUCAUGAAAAUGAACUCCGGCCACUGUGUUGCUCUUCUCCUCCUAUCUCCACCUCCUUCCACCACCACCACCACCACUUCUACUGUUCGAAUUACUCGAAUUAAACUACUCCGGCCAACUGAUACCCUUAUCCUUGGCCAUACUUACAGGCUCAUCACCACUCAAGAGGUAAUGAAAGAAUUGGCCAAGAAACAUGCCAAGCUGAAGAAUAAACAAUUGGAAUCAAACACAGUAAAUCACAAGAAGAUACCUGAUACAAAACCCACACAGGGAUUAGAAAAUGUAACAAGGAGACAUUCAAAGACAGCAACAUUACCAAACUCUCUACCAAUAACUACAAGAUCAAGACAAUCAUGGCAGCCUUCUUUAAGGAGUAUCUCUGAAGCAUCAGGAAAAAGCUGACUCUGUAAUUCCACUACUUAGAUUGGUUUGAUUUUGCCUGAUUCAACAUAAAAUAAAACCCAAGGCAACUUCAAAUACACCAAUUGUUAGUUAGAUGUUAUUGAGCCUGUUGUGUAGAUCUACAAAUAUCUUACUCAGUCAUUUGAUCGAACACUUCAUGUGCAUCCUCCAUUAACAA